AUGAGAAGUACAGCAGAGAGAGCCAGCAAACAAACAGCAGACAGGAACAAAGUGCUGUGUUUUCUGCGAAGGAUGCCUAAAGGUCUUUUUACUUUAAUUCGUCUUUUUAUGCUCUUACUCAGUUUCUCCACUAUUUGCCUGGGAGUACUUUGCAUGUCCAUGAAUUCCUCCAUGUGCAGAUGUGGGAACAACAAGCUAGUGUUUUAUUGCCUGUUAGCUUUGGGGCUCUGUCUCCUUGUUACUGCUAUUUUCUGGAGCACUUUCCAUGAAGUCCUGAAAUACAGGGCCCUUGGCAUCUUCAUUCAAAAUCCCAGCCACAGAGAACCACAUGUCUGCACCAUAGACAGGCCUGACUUCUAUCCUCCCUCUUAUGAAGACAGCAUAGAUCCUGAAAAACUGGUCUCCCCACUGUCAGUUGCCUCCACAAUAAAGCAGCAAGAAUUCAUCAAUAUUCCUCCACCUCCAUACAGUGAAAGCAGCGCAGAGUUUGUCAGUGUAACAAAUGAGCAGGAACAGCCACCACCAUACACAUUAUGUCUGGAGCAACAGCAAACAGCUGGCCAAGACCCAAACUCCGGAAGGGGGUUAAAUUCUCAUAGAUUCAUGCAAGAAAUCAGUUGCCAACAGGAUACAGAUUUCCAGAGGACCUCAGGAAGAGCAACACCUGUCAAAACAUGAGAGACUGGCAGCCAGUAAAAUCCUGCAUCUGCGAAGCAGGGAAAACUGGAAGAAGACUUGUCAGUGAUCCCUAAUAGUAACACUACUUCAGGUGAAAUUGCACAGAAAAAACAUUCAUCAUUUGUGACUUAGAGUGGAGUUGGAUGGGAUAUUUAAAAGUGCUCAGUAUUUCAAAUUAGAAUAAAUCUCCAGAGAGAUAGAAAUUCUCAGGCUGUGUCUAAUAGAAGUCACCAUCUCUGGCAAUAGGAGUUUCUUACACUGCAAGAUAAAUGAAGCAUCAUGGUGUUAUCAAUCUUGACUUGUACUUCAUAAGGAGUUUCAAAAGAAAGCUCUCAUUUUUGGUUUUGAGACAUUAACUGACUUGGGAAACCUAUUAACUUAGCUUUUGUUUGAGAUUUGCAGAUUAUUUGUUGCAACUGAUUAUUUUUGUAUUGUAUGCCUUUCAAGUUAUUUGUUUUAUGUGGGGGGUAAAAAGAACUGCUAUUUUACUAGUGAAUUCAUUAAUAAAUUUCGUAUUUAA